AUGUCUGGAAUCAGUGAAUUGAAUUGGAUUGAUGGAGAACCUAUCAUAGAAAUACUGGACAAGUGUGAGAAUAGGUUGGAUGGUUACAAUAAAAUCGUACCUGUCAAUACCAUUGAAUCUAUUAAAAAGAAAGAAGAGUUGGGAUUCGAUAAUGAAGUUUGUGAUGACUUGAGAGGACCUAGCAAGAAGACAAAUGGAGGAUUAAUAAUUGAUGAUGGAAAAUAUGAUGAUACACACAAACUUACCAUAGGAAGAUCUGAUGUGAAUAGAGUGGAGUAUUGUGAUGAUGAAGGAAUAGUAACCAAUAAUCUCCCUGAUAGGAAUAAAGUAGAAUAG